AAUAAGCUUUCAGUAAUCCCCCGGUUAUAACAGCGGGAAACUAACUAAUAAUAAUGUGAAUAUGAAAUAAUUUAUUGCAUAUAACGUUACAUUUACCAGCAGUUUCUGUAUUGUGUCAGUGAAUUAUGGCUCAUAGACUGACCAAAGAGGAGCUGGAUCAACAGUUUGAGCAGUUCUUGAAAGAGUCAGUCUCUGAUGACUCUGUUGAUCUGGGCACCAGCUCCAAACGUCCUAGUGUCCUUGACAGCUUGGGAAAAGCACCUGUCAGGCCAGUGAAGAAGGCCUCAGCGUCUGUGCCGUGGUGGCAAGAUGAUGAUGAUAAUGAUGAUGACAGUGAAGAGAAAGGGAUGUCAUCGACUGGAAGGUCCUUCCUGAAGUCUCUGAGGAAGACUCCAUCCAUCAAAGAAGUAGAUGAAGAGCAGCCAAAGGAGCUUUUCUUGGAGGAUGAAGGGAACAGAGACCAUGUAAUCCUUAGCAGAGACAGUCUUGAGCCUGAAGAUUCGUUGGUGAUACCUAGUGCCGGGGCUCGAGGGCUGGAUACGUUGGAUGAGGAUGAUGAUGAUGCCAGAUUUCUAUCUAAUCUGAAGAAAGUAUCCUCAUCCUCUAUUGACUUCUCCAGAAUAAAUCGAGAACAGGAGCUGUCUGCCCCAACCAGCCCACUGAGAAGAGAAGAGAUGGAUUCGACAAUUGAGGAGGAACAGAGAAUGAAUAAAGACACCGCUGCUUCUCCUGCAUAUAGUGAAGAUUUUGAGGAAGAGGCGAGUGACAAAAGUGAUGUGGAGCCUCAAGAGAAGAAACCUGAAAGACUUGGGAUGCUGGCCAAAGUGUCAUUACACGACUCUCUAAAUUCCACGGAUGGAGCAUUGGCUCCGGCAGUUCCAAGUUUGGCCGUUGCGAGAGAAAAUCGUCCAGAAAGCAAACAAACAGACAUGCCAGCACUGGAACCCGCAGUGCAAUCAUAUGGUCAGAGUGGAGGGAGUGAGAUGGAGGCACUGCAGGAGGCGUACAGGCAGAUCAGCGGCUCAGCAGGAGUGUGUGAAGAUGGACAAGUCGAGGCUGGCAGGACUCCUCUUUCUCUCUCUACACUCCAGCCUGCGUCCACCGUGGAGUCAGAUUUACCCACUGCUGAGGAACUUAUGCAGCCCAUAGGACCAGACAGCGGAUUCACCCGUGGCUUCUCUCUCCAGCCCAUAACUGAGGCUGUGCCCAGGAGCAGAGACAAUCAAAGUCCAUUAAGGAUAUCUUCAGACGAGAGCCCUUUCAGUUCAGCUAAUGAAGGCUAUGGAGGAGGUAAUACAGCUAACCUUACAGGAGGAGAACAUCCAGAUUCCUAUAAGUUCACUCAGAAGAGCAUAUCGGAGGAGAUCAGAAGACUGAUGCAAGAGCAGGACACCUCCUCUCAGGAACCUCCACCUUUAAAACCAAAGAAGCGCCAGGUUCCUGCCAGAAGCAAUGCAUCUACAUCUGCUUCCUCUAGAAAAGCUCCGGUUCCAUCGGUGAGGGUUAAAAAACCUGAGAGCAAGCCGUUACACAGAGUGCCAGCACCCAGCAGAGCUGCUCAAGCAGCCAAACCUCCAUCUCCUCCAACACUGAGGAAAGCUCAGAACCAGACUUUUAAAAAAACCCAAAACCUCAACCAAACACACACAAUCAAAGGUUUAGACACAAGUUUAAAGCUAAGCAGUGAACUGGUAGAAUCUGUGCAGUCUUUUGCUGCAUUCCUACAGCAUCAGGUUGAAGCCAGCAGUCUUCAGGACAAAGGUCCUUUCCAAGCAAACAAGAUUGCUUCUGAAGCAAUGACAGCGCAUAAGGGGAUGCAAGAGAAGAUGGAUGGUGGUCCGGAGCUUGCAUCGCUGGAGCGUCUCCGUCUGCAGCUCGCCAAGAAAGAGAGAGAGCUCAGUCUGAGGGAAGACCAGUUACAAGAGCAGCACAAGCAAGAGCUGACAGCCCUGAGACAGGAGAACUACAUCUUACAGAGCAAGUUGCACCGUGCCGAAGAGGCCAGUAACAAACGGAAGUGGAGUUUUGGUGAAGCUUCAGACCCUGUGACUGAAGAGAAACUCAAGCUCAUAGAAAAAGAGAUGAAAGAACAAGAGACUCUGAUUCAGGGUUACCAUCAGGAGAACGAGAAGCUGUAUCUGCAAAUGAAAGCACUCCAAGCUCAAAGCAAACAGAACGAGGAGGCUUUGUUCAUGGAGAACCAGAGACUUCUCACUGAGCUCUCCUUCGCUAGGGACCGGAUGAACACAAACAACAUUCAAAGAACCAUCAGAGAGAGAAGCAUUGUUGACCAAAGCUUCAACAUUGCAGAGUUGACAAGUCAGGUACAAGCUGCACAGAAAAAGGAAGAACGGCUCCAAGAGGAGGUCCGCAGGCUGAAGCAGGAGAAACAAGCUCUGCAUGUAGAUCUGGAGAUGAUGAGGAAAGAGAGGGAUCUUGCUAAAGUUCAGGCUGUGUGUAAAUCAGGCGAUAAAGGUUUCGAAUUGAAACUGCUCCAUGACAAACAUCGAGAGGAGGUCACAGAGCUGAAGAAAAGACUGCAGUGGUACGCCAAGAACCAGGAACUACUGGACAAAGAUGCAGCCAGACUCCACGCCGCCACCGCUGAGAUUCAAAAGCUCACUGAGCAGGUAGAAAAGCUAAAAGCGGAGGUUAGCAGGAGGGCCAAUGAGCAACAAAGAAAGGCAAAAGAAAAAGCAGGUGAAGCAAAAAGAAUCCAAGACCUAGAGCGACAGCUCAAACAGAAGGAAGAACUCUUGAAACGCAGGCAUCCAAAUUCUCUGCCAGCCCUGAUUUUGGCAGCUGCGUCUACCGGGGCUGAAGAAGAUCGACUGGAUGUCCGUUCUCUAGCUCAGUCCUCUCAGACAGCGGCUUUGUUAGAGAGACGUGUUCAUCGCCUGGAGGCAGAGCUGGAGGGCCGAGAUGAAGCAGCCAAACGCAGCCUCCGAGCAAUGGAACAACAGUAUCACAGAAUCAAACUCCAGUAUGAACAGCAGAUCUCAGAUUUGGAGCAGCGUUUGUCUGAGAAGAGCCACAGCUAUCCAGCCAUCUCAUCAGAGCUGAUUAAAUCCCACACUCAGACUUUAAAAGCAGAGCUGGAGGAAGUGAAGGAGGUCCAUCAGAAGCAAGUGAGCGUCCUCCAGGCAGAAGUGGACUCUCUGCAAGAACAGCUCCGCCAGGCCCAGGCUUCAACACAAACAGAGAAGCCUGCCCGCAGCCCCUCACGCCACCAGCUCCACGCAGAGGCCGCACAAGCAGCCCGCAUAGAGAGACUGACCCAAGAGCUGAACUCCAAGAGCCGCAGCAUUCAGGAGCUGACCCGCACCAUAGAACGUCUGCAGAGAGAAAGGAGGACCAUGCUGUCAGGUCCUAGCCAUGAAAGGCCCAACAAUGAGCCCAAGCGACAUUUGGGCACAGCCAAAGACACAAAAAAACCCUCAGUGGAAACUUUCCCUCCGACUCAAGAUGAGAAGGACUAUCAUCCUGGAGCCUUCUCAGGAACACACAUCUCUGAGGUGCAGCUGGAAAAUGAUAGUUUGAGGACUAAAUUAGAGGAGCUGGAAGUACUGAGAGAAAAGGAGAAGGUUUCACUGCAGGCUGCGGUCACGCAUGCACAGAAUCAGCUUCUCAGAAUUGAAGAGCAGAAUGCUGAGCAGCUCACUUCAGUCAAGGCUGAGCAUCGUAAAGAGAUUGAGCAUCUUCUGGCUCGUCAUGCCCUUGAGCAUUCCUCCUCCAGAGUGGCUGAACUCACCAGUCAACUCAACACACAAGAGAUCAUAGUACAACAUUUACAAGGGCAAGUAAAAGAGCUCCAGGGAACCAAAGAAGCUCUGGCUGUGACGAAGCUCAGAGAGGAGACCCUGCAGAAUCAGCUGUCUAAACUUCUAGAAGAGCUAAAAGAGGCCAAAGAAGCCCACAGUCCUGAACUAAAACACUUCACUAGCCUAGAGCAAAAAAUUCAGUCCAUGGAAUUCAGAUACAGUCAACGAGAGAAACAACUUCAGCAGGUAAUUGCAGACACACGGCGGGUGGUGGAACAGGAGCAACAGAGUGAGGUGGAGCGCUGGAGGAAGCUCGCUCAAGGAAGAGCCAAAGAGCUGGAGGCCUUUAGAAUGGAGCUGGACUCAAUACUGGACGUCCUCCGAGAGCUUCAGCGACAGGGGGUAGUCAUACCCAUGCCAGAACACACAUCCACUAACACGCACACAUACCUGCCACUCCGAUCCUGAAAAAAACUGGAAUCAUUGAUGUGUGGAAGCAAGGGAAGGGGGUGUAUUUAUAUUAGUUUUUUAUAUAGAUUAUUUAAUUAUUGCUGAGAAACAUGCAGGGUAAGCAACAUCAAAUACAAAGCUUUUGGUGUUAGUAACUAGGAUUUUGUAUUAAAGUUAAUUAAUGUUUGCACAA